UCCAAGGGUUUCUGUGAGUAAGUGCAGGAUAUGUGAGUUCAACGCAAGAGGCUGGUAUGUUUCCUCUGAUCCUCUGCAGCCUUCACUUUGACAUUUGGAGCGUGUGUGACUGAGGCGCGGAGCUGGCCGUCCCUCAGACCCCGGGGUAGGCGACGCGACACAGCAACUCCCGCGAUGUGUUUUUAAUUCGUCGCUCUCCGCUUUGAGGAAUUGUCUUAACACAAGUGCAGUCAUCAUGACAUCGGUUUGGAAGAGACUCCAGCGCGCCGGCAAAAGAGCGUCGAAGUUUCAGUUUGCCGCGUCCUUUCAGGAACUCACCGUAGAGUGCACUAAGAAGUGGCAGCCAGACAAACUGCGAGUGGUUUGGAUCAGACGAAAUCGACGCAUCUGCAGCAAGCUUCAUGGCUGGCAACCAGGUAUCAAAAACCCAUACAGGGGGACUGUGCUUUGGCAGGUUCCUGAGAGCGUGGACAUCACUGUCACUCUUUUUAAGGAUCCAAAUGCAGAUGAAUUUGAGGACAAAGACUGGACCUUCAUCAUAGAGAAUGAAACAAAAGGUCACAGAAAGGUUUUAGCAUCAGUGGAUGUGAACAUGAAGAAGUAUGCAAGUGCGACCCCGGCUCAGUUCGACCUGGCCCUCACACUAAAGCCUCUGUCUGUGAAAGUGUUGGAUGCCACGCUCAAACUCACCCUGUCCUGCGUCUUCCUGAAGGAGGGCAAAGCCACGGACGAGGACAUGCAAAGUCUGGCGAGUCUGAUGAGUUUGAAGCAGUCCGACAUUGGAAACCUGGAUGACUUUAAUGACAGCGAUGAAGAGGAGGACAGAAGAAUGAGUGCCGCUGUGAAAAUGGCCACAGCAGCAAUAGCUCCUCUUCCUCCUGUUAGGAGAAUACAUGACAAAGCCUGGAGGCCUGCUGUAGACGCAGGUCCCUCUGACACAGAGCAACACAGACAGUUAGGUGUAUUAGCAGAGGAGGAAUGCCCCAAUACAUUGUCUUCUACUGAUGAGGAUGCAGAUAUUCGUCAGAACCAUGAACCUCACCCUCGCAGAGCCGGAGUCAUCAGUAUAGCCAACCAAAAAACAAACAGCAAUAUGGACAAGCAACGGCCUGUUUUUGGAGUUGAGGUUGUGCGGCCUGUAAAAGGACCAGAGAGUAUGACCUCUCUGCUGCCCAGUGAGUCUUCUAUCACUGAUGUCACAUAUUUUGAGCUGCCAAAAUCAGAGCUGUCUCAAACAGAUAGAUUACCCACCAACGCAGCCCUCAAAAAUGUUGCAGAACCCUCUUCAAUCCCUACAUUCACUGGUCCAUUAACUGAAGUCCAGAUCAAUCAGUCAGAGAAUUCACAGAGUUCUGCUGAGCUGGACAUUUUAUACUCAGCUGCACAUGAGCAGACAGAAGAUGAGACGAUUCCUCAUAAAGAAAAGCCAGAGUCCUUUCAAAAUAGCGUUCAGCUAGCAGAAAUACAAUCACAAGAGUCCAGCCCAGAAUCUGUGCCGCAGCUGCUCUCAAAUACAGAAAUGUCCCAAUCAGAUCACAUUAAUGAAGGCACCAAAAGCAUGGCCGCUUUGCUGCCCUCUUGCCCAAAAGAGUCCUAUUCUCCUUGGUCAUCAUCCAUAUUAGCUGUUGACAUAGCUGAGAGUCAAAUAGGAGACUUAUUUGUAGACCGACUACCUUGGAUGAAACAAGAAGAAGAAGAGCCUAAUGUUGACAACUCUCCAUCUGUUCUCAGUAUGAUAUAUCUUCUUCCAACCUGUCCGAGAACUGCUUUUACACCUGGGAUGCCAUCUAUAACCUUUCAAGACACAAAAUGGCCUUUGGAUGAGUCUGUGAAGAUACUCAAAGAGUUCAUUCAAAAGGAGAAACCAGCAAAACUUAUUCAAGAUAUCGAUUGCUCAUUGUAUGAUCAAAGCACUGUGGAAAAUAUUGUAUCCCUACAGUUAACUUGUCCAAAAGCUGCCAGCAUCCCAGGAUUCCCAUCUUUGCCUUUCUGUAUGGUCAGUCUUCUUCCAUUAUGUCCAGAUGUCUCUCUAAUUCCAGGUUUAUCUACAAGAUAUCCAAUCAUUUGCAAAGAUGAAACAUGGCCUAAAGUGAAUUUAGUAUUUUAUUGUAGGAAAAAGAAAAAGCAACAGAUUUUGCCAAUGUCUUCAAUAAAGGUGGAUUUGGAAACUGCAAGAAAGAUGGUUGCAUUAAGAUCAUCUUGCUCAGCAGCACCCAAGACUCCAGGAUUUCCAUCUGCUCCAAAACCGGUUGCACCAAGUAUGGUCAGGAUUUUACCAUGUUGCCCAAAGAUUUCCUGCAUUGCUGGAUUCACAUCUGCAAAAGAACUUGCCAAUCAAAAUACCUUCCAACAGUGGCCACCCAAAAAUCAAUUAUCUGUGAUAAUAGCACAAAGGAACCAGUCCAGAUUGCCUCAACUUCUAAAUGUACAAAAAGAGGACCAGCUAGCAGAGAUGUUGAAUUUACUACCAUCUUGCCCAAAAAAAGCAAGGACUCCUGGUUUUCCAUCUGCACCAAAACGAAAACAAGACAUUGCAUUCUGUAUGACAAAACUCCUGCCUCUAUGUCCAACUACCUCCUGUGUUACUGGAAUAUCAGCUAUACAAAUUCUUAAAAGUACUUUAAAUUCAUUUAAGGAGCAGCCAAAGGACCUUAAACCAUUUCGAAUAAAGACACUACCAUCUCAGCAGUGUCCAACUUGGUAUGAAGUUACAGAAAGCAAUAUGCUGUCAUUGAUACCAUCAUGCCCAAGAAAAGCAAGAAUACCUGGAUUUCCUUCUGCACCAUGGCUUACCCCUGAAACACAAAUAAUGUCUGGUACUCUAUCAGCAUGCCCACAGACAGCUAAAACACCAGGCUUUCCCUCUUUAAUCCAAAGCAAAGUUGUCCAGACUUGGGUCAAUAAUUGCCUUUUUAAUGAGAAAGCUUUUUGUAUGAGGUGUCUGCCAAUGUACACAUUUGACAAGCUAGAUAUUGCUUAUCAGGACAAAGAUAGUUUUAAAGGAAUGUAUGCUAUUUUGCCAAGUUGUCCGGUGAAAGCAAGUGUCCCUGGCUUUCCAUCUGCACCAAAGCCUAAAUUAAUGGUUUGUCUUUUCCAUUCCUCCCCAACAGUCUCAAAUGUACCUGGGAUGCUAUCAAGCAUAAUAUCUGAAGUGGAAUUACAAUGGCCUGUAAAUGAAAGGCCAUUAUGGGUAAAACAAUUAGACAGAAAGUUUCAAUCCAUACAUGCUGUUCCUCCUCAGUACAGAGAAAUAAAGGAUAAAGCCUUCAUUAAGCAUAUGAUAGCUUUGUGCCAAACUUGUGCAAUCAGUGCUAAAUUGCCUGGCUUCCCAUCUGCUCCAAGAAAAAUAACUGAGAAGAAAGCACCAGAUAUGGUCUCCCUCGUGCCAUCUUGUCCACAUUUUACAAAGGUAUUAGGUAUGCCAUCUGUUGAAUUGGGAAAUGAAGCAAUAGACUCAAGUGUAUGGCCUCUAGAUGCAAAGGAACUGUACGGGAAGACCUCAAAGGAUGAGACCGAUAUGAUGUGUUCUUCCUUGAAUCAAACAUAUGAAGGCCAUCUGUAUUUCCACAUAAAAGAAAUGGCUAUGAUUAUGCCAUCUUGUGCAAAGCAACACAAUAUCCCUGGUCUUCCAUCCGCAUAUUUAGAAUCUCCACAUACGCUUUAUCAUGCAAAUAACACCCAAGCAUCAGCAAAAGAUGUUGGCCAUAAACAAGAAACUUCAGUUGUACUUAGUCCAGCAGAAACUGAGAUAGACCUGCCCAGUGAAAACAAUUCUGAGAAUAGUUUUGCAUUAGAGAAGACCAAGGAGAAUGUGAACUUUUGGGCAAGAUGUGAGGAUGGACAAAAGGGAAUUCAGGAGAGGGGGAAAAUGCAUUGCAGAAUGUGGCAUUCCAUACCAGACAUGCCACUAUUACUGACUGUUGAGGAGAGAUGUCAAAGCAUAAGUGCUCAGAUUCCACCUUCUGAAAAUUACAGAGACACUCUAGUUGAAAAUUAUGAUAUGGAUCAAGGUGUAUCGUGGACAUCACAAGACAGAACUGAACAGUUUGCUAAAGGUUUUAAGCAAGAAGAGACUACAAAAGAUCAUAAUAGAAAUCAUGACGAUCAGCCUACAGGACUGCAGCAAGAGUGUGUCCCAAACAUGGUAGAUCUUCUUCCUUCAUGUCCACUGUUCUCAAGAGUUUUUGGAUGUCCAUCAACAGCACUAUCUAGCAUUUGUAAAACAGACAUAAUCAACUGGCCUACUGAUUUAAGUAUAAUUUGGGAUGAGCCACAUAGCUCACUAAAAAAUAUUUUAAUGCCAAGCUUGGAAAAAUCGCCCUAUGAAUCAAAUAUGGUGUCCCUGAUAUGUGCAUGUCCAAAUGAAACAAGAAUUCCUGGCUUUCCAUCUGCUAAGAGGCCCACAGAGACCCCUCGUAGAUCUUUUUCAGAAACAUUAAUUGUUGUUGACACAUCUACAAAGACCCCAAUUCCAGAGCAAAAGCAUGAAGAUUGGCUGAGCAUGGAAACAUCAUUAUUGAAAGAACACCUCCGAAGCCCAGAUGAAUAUUCAGAGAUGACUAUAAUGAUGAUGGAUACAAUUCAGUUUUCAAAAUCUGAUUUCACAUCUGCUCUGAAGAGCGAAGAAAUACUUAUUCAAUCAUGUGAAGAAUUACUUUUUCAAGAGUCUACAAUUGCUGAAUCAGAACUGACGAAUGAUUCUAGGCCUGCAAAUGAGAUAUUAACCUCUGUGUCUAAAAAUGCUGCACAAAUGCCAGAUUCUAUCCCUGAAACUCAAGCAGAGCCAAAUAUGUUAGAGCUCAUUCCAUCCUGUCCGGUGCUUUCUAGAAUCCCUGGAUGUCCUUCUCUAAGGAUCCUUGAAGGCAUGGAGUACACUACUGGUCAAGCAGUAAUCUUUUGCAAUUUAUUAAAAGACAGACAGGCUGGUAUUUUUGACCCCAUUAAAGAUGAAACAAACUCACAGAUUAUUGCUCUGGUACCAACAUGCCCAAAAGCAUCAUGUAUUCCAGGCUUUCCUUCUAGACCAUGUCGUAAAUCACAGAUGGAGCCAAAGAUGCAAAACAUUUGUCCCUCUUGCCCAGAGAUUUCACAUAUAGCUGGUUGUCCGAGCAUCCAGACCCCUAAGAUGUCAAACUGGUCUUUGAAUACAGUUAUUUUGUCUUCAAAUCCAUUAAGGAAACCCCCUGUUGUUUUGGACUUGGACAAGAUAUGCAAAGAAAAGGGUCAUAGAAUGUUUGCUUUGGCACCUACAUGUCCAUCAGUGGUCUGUGUUCCAGGUUUCCCAUCUGUGCCCAAACCAAUAAUGCUGCACAUGCUUCACACUUGCCUACAGAAAUCCAAUGUUUUAGGAUUUUCUUCUAAAAAGGAGCAUUUAGAUAGGUUCGUUGACAAGAAAACAUUGUUCAAUGUAUCUUUUAAACAGAAACCUGUUGUUCUUAAUGACAGACUUGAUUGGCCUAGUGAAUUAACUAAGAUAAUGUUUGCAUUGGCUCCAACCUGUCCAUCAAAGGCAAGAAUACCAGGAUUCCCAUAUGUACCCAAACGCAAAGCUACACUUCCUCCCAGUAUUGCUUAUCUAUAUCAGUGCAUUCCAGAGAAGUCAAGAAUCAUGGGAUUCUCAUCAAGUGAGGGAAUAAAUGCAGAAACGUGGUUUGAAAAUGAAAUGCCCUUGUUGGAGAGGCCACUGAAAACAAGGUCAGAGCUGCUUGCCCAGUUUAAUUUUGCAACUCCUUAUAAAGAAAUAGACAAAACUAUUUUGCAGGGGAUGUUUGCGCUAGUGUCCACCUGCCCAAGAGAAGCAUGCAUACCUGGUUUCUCUUCUCUGCCUCAAGUUAAAGUGGAGGGUUUCUAUCUCCAUAAAGAACCAGACAUGGUUCGCCUUUUGCAUUCUUGCCCAGUGUAUUCUUUUAUUGUAGGAGUGCCGACAGUAAAACCUGUGCCCAUAGAAGAGUCUCAGGAAUGCAUAUGGUCCACUCUAAAGCCCUUAUGGGUUAAACCUCUUAAAGAAAGGCAGUUUUGGCCUUUAAAUUGCACAAAGGAUAAUGAAGAAUAUUCAAAAACCAUGUUCUUGCUUGCCCCUACGUGCCCCGAUAAGGCCAGAAAUGAUGGUUUUCCAUGCUCAGAAAGGUUUAGAAAAGAAGAGGAUCCAGUAACAACUGUCUUACCAGCUUCUCCAGAGGUUCCAUUCUCUGCAACCAAUGAAACAGAUUUUAGUGACCUGGAAGUGCAAUGUUCCCCAGUUGAAGCCAGGCUUCCUGAUUUCCCAGGUGCUUUAACAUAUGCAAUUUCUCCAUCAAGCCCAACCCAAGAACACACCAAAUUUGAAACCAAAUUUACCCAAUACAUAGAAUCUGAAAGAAAUCAAACACUGGAUAUAACAGGGCCUGAAAAUCCUAAAGAAAUAGAAAGUUCUUAUGAAAUGCUUUUGGCUGAAGGUAUUGAAAACCACGAGGUGAAGUUUUUUCUGGAAGCACAACAUGUUGAGGAACAGUCUGCUAGUAAAGCUCAUGAUACUGCAGAACCUGGAGAGACUGCUAUAGCGUUAGGAUGGGAAGUUUUGGAGGCAGAUGAUACUUCCACUGAAGAAUCUUCUGGUCUUGUUAGGACUAUAGUUGAUGUCUUUCACAGAGGUUAUGAGACAGUUGCUGCAAUAUUACAGCCCUCUAGCUCUGGGUCAGACACGGACACUUUAGAUCCUCUCAACAGUCUUUCAUCUGUGGUUUUUGAGGACAGCUCUGCUGGAUGUGAUCAUUCAUCGGAGGAGCUCGUACAGGCAGCUGAGUCUGAGGUCUUUGAUUCUGCUGAACCCUACAUGUGGCGUUUGGUUGGUGGUUGUUCAGAAACAUCACUGUCAUCAAAAGAGACUGAAAACUGGUUUGCUGAAGAUGAAGAAUUUUGCCUAAUGAGGAAGUGGCCCCCUUUAACAGAGGCUGACCUUCAUGAGAUAACCAAAGAGGAGGAGGACAAAACAGAUGUUGACUCGUUGAUACAGGAGAGAACAGUUACAGUUCAAGAGGACACUGGUAAUGAUGAGAUUGUGAUAAAAAGUGAAAUAUUGAAGGAUGAGCUCUCAACCACACUAUUUCCAGAAGAGGGGCCACAAGAUCAGUUUGUCCAAGAAGUUUCUCUUUUCAUCCAACGGACUAAGGAUGAAUUGCUGGAUGAAGAGAAACCACUAAUGCCCUUAUUGUCUUCUAUAAAUUCUGAUAACCCAAGGACUGUCACAGAACAGAUUGUUUCAGCUUCAGAAGAACCUGUGCCACCAAGAAGAACUAAGAAGCAAGGUGAUACAUUUCUGUUAUCGACACCAGUUUGCAAUCCAGUUGAACCAACUGCUCAGAGUGACAACAUCUGUGUCAUAAAACAAGCUGAUCAUUAUUUUCAGAGUACAUCACAAAUUGUACAGCCAGACACCCCACUCACCACCAUCCAGAGUUCUUUAGCUACGGUAGAUGGAGGUACAUCUUUAGAAAUGGAUUGCUUGACUGAUGUACCUGUUCCACUGACAAGUGUUUUUUUUCCUGAUGGUUCCUCAUUGAUAGAAGCAGCUGAAAAUGUAGUAAAAGUAUCUGAAAUUGGGAUUUCUUCAUUAGAACCCAAUGAAAAGCCCACACCCAAAGAAUCAUGUCAUAGCCACAACAAAGAAAAUGUUCCCCUAGUGCUUUCAGAAGACACAGUCAUACAGUUAUGUGCACCUCAGAGGCGUAAAAAUAAAUCUCAAACCUGCGGUGUUGAAGAAGCUGCUGAAGAGUUUGAAGAAAAUAGUAUGUUGUCUUCUGUUAUCACCAGUAUGCCCCAGUCUGAAGACAAAAGACAGACCCAAGCUGGUGAAAGCAUGAAAGACCAGGUACAACUGGAUUCAAAUGUUUCUAAUGUGCCGGAAGUAAAAAUGCGAAUCAAAUGCACUGAUCUUCCAAUUCCAGUGCCACGUUCAAAAAAACGUCUCAGUGGUUCUUAUACAGAUAAUCAGCCUGCCCCUUCAUCCAACUCGUCAUCUCAAACAGAUUCAGAUGGUAUUUUUCUCAAUACAGAAGACCAUCAAGAUUCAAGUCUUCCAGUCCCAGUGCCACGUGUGAAGAAACGUCUCAGUGGUUCUUUUGCAGAAGAUCUUCCUUCUCCUUCAUUCACCCAUUUAUCCAAAGCAGAUCCAUGUAACAUUGCUCUGAAAAAAACAGAAGACCAUCAAGAUUCAAAUCUUCCAGUCCCAGUGCCACGUUCAAAAAAACGUUUCAGUGGUUCUUAUACAGAUGAUCUUCCUGCCCCUUCAUCCAACUUGUCAUCUCAAACAGAUUCAGAUGGUAUUUUUCUCAAUACAGAAGACCAUCAAGAUUCAAGUCUUCCAGUCCCAGUGCCACGUGUGAAGAAACGUGUCAGUGGAUCUUUUGCAGAUGAUCUUCUAGCCUGUACAUCGACCCCUUCAGCUCCAGCAGAUCAUGGUAAUAUUGUUCUCCAAACAAAAGACCAUCAAGAUUCAAGUCUGCCAGUCCAAGUGCCACAUGUGAAGGAAUAUCUCAGUGGAACAUUUCCAGAUUAUCUUUCAGUCCCUUCAUCAAACCCUUCAUCUCAAACUGAUUCAGACAACAUUGUUCACAACAAAGAAGACUUUCUAAAUUUAAAUCUGCCAGUCCCAAUACCACGUGUGAAGAAAUGUCUCAGUGGAACCUUUCCAGGUGAUCUUCCAGCCCCUUCAUCCACCCCUUCAUCUCAAGCAGAUUCAGAUAACAUUGUUCCACAAAUGAGAGACCCUCAAGAUUCAGUUCUUCCAGUCCCAGUGCCACGUGUGAAGAAACGACUCAGUGGCUCAUUUACAGAUGAUCUUGCAGCCCCUUCAUCUACCCCUACAUCUCAAGCAGAUUCAGGUAACAUUGUUACACAAAUGAGAGACCCUCAAGAUUCAAGUCUUCCAGUCCCAGUUCCACGUGUGAAGAAACGUUUCAGCGGUUCUUUUCCAGAUGAUAUUCGAGUCUCUUCAUCAACCCCUUCAUCUCACGCAGAUUUAGACAACAUUGUUCACAACAGAGAAGACCUUCAAGAAUCAAAUCUGCCAAUUCCUGUCCCAUGUGUGAAGAAACGUUUCAGUGGUUCUUUUCCAGAUGAUCUUCCAGCACCUUCAUCCACCACUUCAUCUCAAGCAGAUUCAGAUAGCAUUGUUCUCCAAAUGAGAAACCCUCAAGAUUCAAGUCUUCCAGUCCCAGUUCCACGUGUGAAGAAACGUCUCAGUGGUUCUUUUCCAGAUGAUAUUCCAGUCUCUUCAUCAACCCCUUCAUCUCACGCAGAUUUAGACAACAUUGUUCACAACAGAGAAGACCUUCAAGAAUCAAAUCUGCCAAUUCCUGUCCCACGAGUGAAGAAACGUUUCAGUGGUUCUUUUCCAGAUGAUCUUCCAGCACCUUCAUCCACCACUUCAUCUCAAGCAGAUUCAGAUAGCAUUGUUCUCCAAAUGAGAAACCCUCAAGAUUCAAGUCUUCCAGUCCCAGUUCCACGUGUGAAGAAACGUCUCAGUGGUUCUUUUCCAGAUGAUAUUCCAGUCUCUUCAUCAACCCCUUCAUCUCACGCAGAUUUAGACAACAUUGUUCACAACAGAGAAGACCUUCAAGAAUCAAAUCUGCCAAUUCCUGUCCCACGAGUGAAGAAACGUUUCAGUGGUUCUUUUCCAGAUGAUCUUCCAGCACCUUCAUCCACCACUUCAUCUCAAGCAGAUUCAGAUAGCAUUGUUCUCCAAAUGAGAAACCCUCAAGAUUCAAGUCUUCCAGUCCUAGUCCCACGUGUGAAGAAAUGUUUAAGUGGUUCUUUUCCAGAUGAUCUUCCAGCCCCUUCAUCCGCUCUUCCAUCUCAAGCAGAUUCGGUUAACAUUGUUCCCCAAACAGAAAACCAUCGAGAUUCAAUGCCACAUGUGAAGAAAUGUCUAACUGACUCAUUUCCAGAUGAUCUCACUGUUUCCUCAAGUUGUCCACCUACUGUAGAUUUACUUAACAUAGCAGUCCUUAAUGAAGUACAGAGUGAUGCAAGCAUGCCCAUCCCAAUUCCCCACUCAGAGAAACUCAGUGAUAAGUUCUCUGAUGAUAACUUCCCAAGUUUCCCUCAAGAAGAAGAAGGCAAGCUUCAUCUCUCAGAAAACAAACAAUGUUCUGUUGAAGUGGAGACUCAGGUGAGGGCAGAAGCAGAGCUUGAGAGCCUUGAGGAUUCCCCCAGUUCAAGCGCCAAUGAAGUAGAACUGAACAGAAAAGGCCAGGAAGAGUCUGGUUUAGAACCUCUUGGCCAGGUAGUACCUGAUGUAACAGUUAUAAGUGAAAAACCUAAGACUGGUGCUCCACUUGGUGAACACUGUAAGGACAGAGGGGAGACAGUUGAAAAAGAUAGAAAUGUUGAGGAAGAAAAAGAUGCUGUACAUUCUGGAGAUGAUGCGGUUCAUUUGAGCAUGGACACUGUAGAUGACACAGGUGUUAUCAUAGAUGUAUUUAGUCAAGAAGUAGCUGAAGACUCCCCCAAUUUUCCUGUUCCAAUGCCUCGCGUGAAGAAAUGUAUAAGUGCCUCUUUCCCAGAAGACGUCUCCAUUCCCAGUUCAUCAUCAGCCAAUCAACAUGAGGUUUCAGAAACUGCCAAUAUUGAACCGACAGUGCCUGUUCGUAAUAAACGAAGAGCUGCAGCAGAUGCCACAGAACUUCAGGGAAGUUCCACAGCUCACACAUCGCCAACCAGUGAAGCAGAGAUUGCGACCUUGGUGAAUUCAAGUCAGUCUCUGUUGGAAUGGUGCCAAAAGGUCACACAAGGUUACAAGGGCGUCCGGAUCACAAACUUCAGCACCUCAUGGAGAAACGGCCUCGCUUUCUGUGCCAUCCUGCAUCACUUCCAUCCAGAUAAAGUAAAUUAUGAAAUGCUGGAUCCUUAUGACAUUAAGCGCAACAACAAGAAGGCAUUUGAUGGCUUUGCUGAACUGGGCAUCUCUAGAUUGAUAGAGCCGUCUGACUUGGUGCUGCUGGCAGUGCCCGACAGGCUCAUAGUGAUGACGUAUCUCAACCAGAUACGCACCUAUUUCACAGGCCAGGAGCUCAGUGUUAUACAGAUCGAGAAGAACAGCAGCCAGUCAAGUUACGCUGUGGCUGAAAAAAGGGAGGAAGCUGAUCCUGAAGCUGCUGUUCGCUACUGCGCUGAAAGGCUCCAGGCAGGUGGCAUUACGCUAGAGACCAAUGGAAGCUACCCUGAAAAGGAGGUCAAGGAAGAUGCUGGUGUUUUGGUGCCACCUCCAAGAACUAAGCGAACACAGGGCCCGAGCCAGGCUGGAGGAUCAGGGGCUGCGCAGCCUCCAGUGGCACCACCAAGAAUUCAUGCCUCAAAGGCUUUUUCUCAUCUCAAGGAUGCAGAUCUUGUUAAAAAGCGUAGAUCGAAGCUCCGGGGAGAGUCACUGGAUGAGCCUGAACCACACGAACAGCAGAGCGGUACAGAGACUGCAUCAGUCCAAGCAGAAAGUGAAGCAGCCAAAGAAGGUUCGGAGUCACAAAACGUAGAGCAUGUUGAAGAAGCCACUGCAGGAGAGAAUCAGGAUGUCAGUCAAUAUGUACUUAGUGAGAUGCAGGCGCUGGAGGCUGAACAGAAGCAGAUAGAUCGCAGAGCAGACAUUGUGGAGAGGAAACUGAGAAGACUUAUGGAAUCUGGUAGUGACCGUGUAGAAGAAGAGACAUUGAUCCAGGAGUGGUUUACUCUGGUCAACAAGAAGAACGCUUUGAUCAGGAGACAAGACCAUCUACAGUUACUACAAGAAGAGCAAGAUUUGGAGAGGAAGUUUGAGCUGCUAAAGAAAGAGCUGCAGGAUUUAAUGGCUGUGGAAGAAUGGAAGAAAACCCAGGCCCAUAAAACCAGAGAGCAGCUGUUGUUGCAGGAGCUGGUAUCGUUAGUCAACCAGAGAGACGAACUCGUGCAUGAUAUAGACGCCAAAGAGAGAGGGGCUCUUGAAGAAGACGAGAGGUUGGAGAGAGGACUAGAAAUGAGGCGCAGGAAAUAUGGAAGUCGGAAAGAGAAGUGUGUGUUACAGUGAGGGGAACCCAUGCACCUGCUUUUAUACAGGACCGUCUCCUUUUAAACACUGUGCUGAUGGACUAGUGGGGUGUGUGUGUGUGUGUGUGUGUGUGUGUGUGUGUGUGUGUGGACCAUAUCAGAAGAAAUGACAAGGAGAUGUGACUAGAUGAAUUCUCAGUUCUCACGUUGAAAAGUCUGAGCAGCAUCAGUGCUCAUUUCAUGGAGGAUUUAAAGUUGUUUUCUUUUAGAGACAUUUUUAGUCUCAGAAUAUUUGUCUGAAAAAAGUAAAAUAGACAGUUAGCCUUCUGACAGCAGUUCUUGUUUUACGUUUUCAGAAAAAACUAUAUACAUGUGACCUUUGCAGUGUUAUUAUCUUAUUUAACUUGUUUGUAUAAGCCAGCUGCUGCAGUGUUUUUAAGGUUUCUUAAAGAUAAGUAAAAGUAUAAAAGAAGGAUCGGGAGUUUUAAAAGACACUGCUGUUACAAAGAGGUUACCUUCUGUUAUGUAAGCCAUGCAUUUAACUAAAAAACAGACAAAAUAGCACAACAAUUGUACAACAUCAUUUUUCAUCUAUGUAUGGUACAGACAGAAUGCAAAAGCAAAAGUACUUCAGCAGUUCAGAAUUUCUCCUUUAAAGAAUGAGUGUGUGAUAGCUUUUUUGAGUGAAUGGUUGUUUAGAGCGUCUCAGCUCUUUGAUAUUAUCUUUGGCCCUGUUUACACUGUUCGAAAUGUCAUUAUUUGACAGCGAAUUGUUUUUGAAAAGUCAGCUGAUGCCAGCUAACGCAGCUGACACGUCUUUGGGAAAUAAAAUUGUUUUAAAAUUC